AUGAAGCCUGCUCUCAGGGUGCUUCUGCAGUGCCUGGUGCUGUUGCUCCCGUCCGUAGCACUGCCGAGAAAAGGGAGCGCUGGGGAACGGAUUUCCCCUACUGAUGAACUAGAGCUGCCUCUUUCGGAGGAGCUGGGACUUGAGGAGAGGAAGACAGAAAACGCAAGUGCACACGAAAGAGCGAGACCCAGCUCACUGGCAAGGUCAAAGAUGACUGUUGCUACUCGCCUCUUUUCCAAGAGUGACCCUGGAGCAAAGUGCCUCCAGGUGAUUGCUGAAGAUAGGGGCAUAAGCUGGUCCCACUCCAGCCUUCACCCUUGGCCGCUUGGGGGGCUGGAGGGUCCAGUGUGCAGGGUGAAAAUGGAGCAGGACGGAAUGGCCUCGAGGCACCUGGAAGUCGUGGGUGUCCUCACCCACUAUGAAAGCAGCUUCAUCAAGCUGUUAAGACAACGUGCCAGCUGGGAUGAAAGCUAUCUCGAAACCUUUGGAAUUUGUCCGGCAGGGGAGGCACAUGCCUCUCUCCACUCCCUGAAACACAUCCACGCUCACUUGGCAGAGCCAGGGGAGGAUCGGUUCCUUGUGCUGCAUCUGGAGGAAGUGAAGUGGGAGGCCCAGGCAAAGCUGCAGUUCAAGCUGCUUUUCCAGGCGGACGUGGGGCGGUCGCUGGGAGAGCUGCGGUUCGCCUUGCUGCUGUUCUACCCGGGCGGCCGAGCCGGGCAGGGCAGCGGGGAGAGAGCGGAGCUGCUGGCGGCGGGCCGAGGACUGUCCCAGGAGCAGAGCCUCUGCCUCUCCGGGGACACCCAGUACUUGGUCCUUGGAGCCUCGGUAGCCUCUGUGACCCGCACAGACGAGCAGCUCAGCUUCGAGGCUUCCUUGGCAAUUAGGCAUCGUGGUGAUGGAGAUGCCCCCCUGCCCUCAGCAGAGACCCAGCAGCUCCUUUUCGGCUCUGAUGACAAGUGCUUCACCAGGAUGACACCCGUGUUGCUCCUGCUGGCAAAGCCGCAGAGGGAAGACGACGCUUUGGCCCCUUCUUCCUACCUCUCCGCUGCUGGGGCGGUGGAAGUGGCUCCAUACCCACAGCUCAGCCCACCCCAGACCGGGACUCAGGAGCUGCCGUCCCCCACCUCGCCCAGCCAAGCCAACGCUUCAGCCCCAGCGCCCGGUGGCAGCGGCUGGUUCCUGGACGUCCUGACCAGGUUCAUCCGCCAGGUCCUGAGCUCCUCCAGUGAGCCGCCCACCCAGCCCAGCUCCCACCACUGGCUGGACUUCGAGAUGAUGGAGACCCUCCCUCACCAGCUGCUCAAUCUGUCGGAGAAGGCAGCGCUGGAGCGGCUGGUGCAGUCGGAGGAGCCCUCCGUGCUGCUUUUCCCCCAGGACAGCACCGCUGUGCUGGAGCAGCACCUUGGGGGCUGGCAGCCGGAGGGGACCGUGCUGCAGCUGCUGAUGGGCAAGCUGCAGGCGGUGAUUCAAGAGCUGAAGGACAUCCCCUCUUUCCAAGCCAACAUGGGGCUUUUCGAGCAUCUCCUGAGCUUCUGCUACUACACACCGGGGCCAGGUGAGGGCCAAGCCAGCAAGGAGCCCCCCAGGUCCGGGAAGCUGCACACGCUGCUGCUGCUGAAGGCUUUGCAGACGGUGCGUGCCCGCUGGCAGGAGAGGAGGAAAGUCCUGCGGCAGAACCGCAGCGCGCGGCACCAGGCCCACUGCCGCCUGCAAGAGCUGACCAUCGACCUCCACGACCGCAAGUUCAUCGUCAUGCCCACGGUGUACGUGGCCAACAACUGCGAGGGCCCCUGCAAGCUGCCCCUCUCCACCCGCGUCCCCAGCUACUACUCGCACACCGUGCUGCUGCUGGGCAUGCAGGAGCGGGGCUCGCCCCUGCAGCGGGCUCCCUGCUGCGUGCCCGUCCGCUACUCGGACCAGCUCAUCAUCAGUGUUUCCGCGGAGGGGCUGGAGGUCCGUAAGUUCCCCAACAUGGUAGCAGAAGAGUGUGGCUGUCGGUAGAGGCUCCUGGCCACGUCCUGGCUCUUCCUAGCCUCGCUCUCCUCCUGCUUUGCCCUUGCAGCUUGGAGCUGGGCCUUCUCGCCGAGGUGUGUGGCCUCUGUUUGCCUUUUCCACGUGGUUUGGCUUUAGUCUUGCUCUGGUUCUGGGUUUGUUUUUAGCCUUGCUGGUCCUUGGAGAGCUGACUUGCAGCCUGCUGUUUCCCCACUCCCUUUUAUGAGGCCGGAGAUGUCCGAUGCACCAGGAGGUCCAAGCUGCUGUGUGGUUUGGGCUGGAUACAGGAGGUGCAGGGCCGUCACAGGCAGGGAAAGACCUGGCUGAUCCAGUUAUGACCACGACGAUUUAUCCAUUGCCUUCUGUUUCUGUAGCUCCCUGGGGAGGGCAGUUGUCACUUCGUCUAAUCCCCCCUCACUUGCAGCAUGCUUUGGCUGUUUUGGAGUCCAGUCCAUGGCCCAUCGCUAAGCCCGCGCUGUCCACAUUGCUCUAAACGCUCUGAGGAGCGAGACAAGCAGCAACAUCCCCGCUGCGUGCACAAAGCCCGGCCCGGCUUUGUCGCUGCCCACACCAUAAAUAGGACGCAAACUGCGGUCCCUGCUGCCCUCGUUGGCAGCGUGUCACCUCCCCGGGCUGGGUGGCUGCCAGGGCACCUGUUCUGUGUCCCCAUUCCAGUGUCCCCCUGCCAGCGUCAGCCCAGCUGCACCCGGAUCGUCUUCCCAGCUAAGCAAGUGGCAGUGCCCUGUGCCUGCUGCUGCCCUCUCCGCCCCAGCGCUUAGCGUGACCUGCCUGGGGCUGACGUAGGGCCUGGCAUCCCCCCAAAAGGGUGAGAUGCCCCCCCAGCUCCCUGGCUCUCCUGCAUGCAGCAAACCGCAGCCCCGAGCGCAGGGAACGGCUCUUCGGCUUCGCACCGGCCCCUCGCUGGCCGCGAGGCUGAUGGGGGCA